AUGAAGUUUUCUGUUUUAUUUUUAUUUUCAUUUUUAAUUUUAAAUUAUUAUGAAAUUCAUUCUAUUGAACUUGAACGGUUUAAAGGAGAUGAUGGAGUUAAUGGAGGGAGUGAUUGGAGUAAAAAGGGAAAGGAUCCAGAAAUUUUGGAUGAAGAAAAAGACGAGAUUUGGAAUAUUUUAAUGGAAUUGGAAUCGGACGGUUUGGAUGAAAUGUCCACAUAUUCUAUUGACUCAAAUAAUGCCUCAAUUAAUGAAAAUAAUUCAAAAAAUAAAUUAAAUAAUAAUUUAACAACGUUGGCAACCGAAAAAGAAUCGAAUUUUAAUGAGUCCAAGCUUUUAAACCCUUCCCCGUCUGAACCAAAAAAUUUGUUAUCCACACACUUAACAGAAGAAGAAUUAAGGUUGCCAGAUUCUCUACAACCUUUGAAAUAUGAAAUUAAAAUUAUUUUUGAUUCAGAAUUAAAUACAAUACAAGGACAGGUUUGGAAAGGAAGACAUGCUUUAAUUAGGGAACUUCAUAAUAUUAACGAAAUUUUCUUGAAGAGAAUGGUUAAUUGGGGGAAUUACAUACAUAUAAAAUUAACAAUAUCUACUAUAAAUUUGAAAUUUUUCUUGAAUAUCCUAAAAAAGUGUCAACUAACUAGUCUAAAAAUUUCAGAAUUUUUGAUUUUGUAUUUCAGAAGUUAUGGUCAAAAAUGCAUAAUUUUAAUGGGAAAUCUUUGAUUUUUAGCCAGUUCUCGGCCACAUCUUAAAAAUUAUUUCACUAAAAAAUUCUGAAAUUAUUAGAACAGUAAGUUAAGACUAUAAGACGUCUCUGUGCAAAAUUUUAUUUAGAUAGGUUCACUCCUGAUUAUUUUAUAAGUGAUUGCCCAAGGAUUACCUUCCCCCGUAUAGAAGACAAAAAAUGUAAAAAUAAAUUUCAAAAAAAUUUUUUUCUCAGGUCAAAACAGAAUUAAAAUGUCUACAAAACACUUCCCUAAUUAAAUUAAAUAUAGCUCCAGAUUUUGUACAACUUGGCCACGUUCUACUCGAAUCUGCCUUUCCAAUUAAAAAUUUAUUUAAAUUAACCUCUAU